AUGCGCCGUCCGGGAACGCUGCCCAAUUCCGGCACGUCCGGUCAUCGUGCUGCCGCCGCUAUAGAGGACGGCUCCACGCCAUUGAGCGUCGCCGGCGAUAAUUGCUCGUCGACCGGCGCCAGGUUGCAUUAUUCCAAUCACUCUUUACGCCGCACGCCGCAACCGCCCCAUCUGCCACCUCGCGACACCGACAACCCCUCGGAAAGAACGCAGAACGACUCGAGGCUUCAAAACGGUAUACCCGGCCACCAUCGUGCGCCUCCGCCCCUUCCUUCCAGACACCAAUCGUCCUGCAGCCAAUCUUCCUACCCUACCCUGCCUAUGAACGGCCACGCGACUCAUCAGUUCCAUCAUUUCCCACGCGAGAAAGACAGAUCGUCGGCUCGCGAGAGGAGUCGCGAUCGGGACGUAGGCCUGCAAUCCGUCCCUCAUCGGUCCGACAAGCACCGAGAUCUUCAGAUGGAGAUGGAGAUGCGCGACGGGCUGGACAUGGGCGAAAUAGGCACUUAUCGAGCGUAAAGAUACGCAGCACGAAAAUGGGAACAAGGUGAACUCGUUUCGGAGAAGGCCGGAGAAGAGCGCGAAUAGGCCGAGCGAAUUGAAUCGAAGACUGAAUUCGAACGUCGAAUAGAGACUAUGUCUAGCGGGUGAACGAGAUUCAAAUAGACCGCAGUUUACGCGUCUCCGUCCGAUUUUCGCGCACGCACGUGAUACGCUCGAAGAGGCAAAGAUGCAUCGAAGCGUUAGCCAGCGAACGAUAUCGAUGCAAUCGCGAUGGAAUUGGCCAACUCACGACUAAAUCAAAUCGAAGACUGAUUACGACGGACAUCGGUGAACAAUAUCGACAAGUAAUUAACCGAUACCGGUACAUUCCAAUCACCUGUCUGCCAGUCUUCUGGCUGGGAUCGGCCAACACCAAUUUCAAUCAAAUUACAACGUUUUGGUCGAUGCAGUUUCUCUGCAGGUCGAUUGUACCGCGUCGUUGUAACGGCUCAACGAGAAAUCUCCAAUUUUUGCUAAAAAUAACAACCGAAAGGAACGUAUGGGAAAAGAUACGCGAGUUAUUUUAACGGGAACUGAGGAAGAAGAGUAUAUCCGAUGGAAAUAAGAAGAGAAAGGAGGAUUAGUCGCGCAUGCGAAUCAAACGAUAGAGUGGAUAAUGAAAACGUGACGAUGCCGAAGAAAAUUGGUCGAUAGGAGGAAAGGCCGACCGGCUAUCGAGAAUUAUCAGAAGGUAUCGAUACGUUUCGCUAGACGCGGACGUUACGUCCGCGUCACGAUAGUUCAGUGACUCUAAGAGCGCUCCAAGGACUUCUCGGUGAAAGAAAACCGACUGUACGAAGCAAGGUGGAUCAGAUGGGAACGCGCGCGUGUGAAACGUCCGUGAAGAACCGUGUCGAAAAGACCGACGGAAGAGCGAGUUCAGUGUACGUUACCGCAAUGGUUUUACGCGCAACUGUACAACGGUCGUCUUCGUCUUGAACGGAAAGAAAAUCGCGUGUUCGACGCAUCGAUGACUUUGAGGAUCUUUCGCGAAGAAUUCGUAAAGGCGAAAGCAGAAGAGAAGAAGGUGGUUGAAAGGAGUUGAAAGUUCCAGACGAACUUGCUGAGAACGACGUUCGACGAACGUGGCAAUGUUCGAAGCGUAAAAGCACCUCGUUUGUAAACGUAAUUGUGAAAAGUUCGUACAGCGAAACAACCGAAUCGAGAUCCGAAGAAACGAGACUCGUCGGUUACGUUCCCUUCUCGUCGCUGUCGUUGUCGCUGGCGAACGAUCGGACGAAAUCAUUUCGGGAAUCAUACCGCGAUCAUAGUGAGAAUCGCGGUGAAUAUUCAAGCGCCUUAGAAAGCGAAUAACUUGAGAAGAAAGACGCCGAGUCGUAUUCGGAAUGCUCUACUAAGCGUUUCGAUCGUUCGUUGUAUCGUAUAUGCCCGGCUGUUAUCAUACGUUAUACGUAUGUAUCAUAUAUUUCGUAUUUAUUGGCGUGCUAUUAGAUAACUUUAUAUCUAUCUUUGUAUUUUCUGUAUUAUUUAAGGAAAGAACCGACUGCUUUUUCACAUUUCCUUGAGAUUUGUACAUUUUUUCUCCCGGAAGAGUCGAGCCGAUUAACCUUGUAAAUUAUUGUAAAGAUAUUUUUUAAAUUUAGUCGUGUACAAAGAAAAAAUGUACGAAUUUGUAAUAGAACGCCUAUUUUCUGAGUACGAUUCGUAAUAAAUGAACGCUCGCACGAAACUCCGCUGCAUGUACUCGUGUACUUUGAGAUGUAAUAAAAAGUCGACCGCUUAAUUAUACCUAAACGGCGAAAUAUCACAACAGAGGACGGUCUCGAGUUCACAACCUACGUGAUGAAAUCAAAGGAACCCUCAAGAUCGAAAGCAACUUGGACGAAGUUGACUACCGAGAAUAAUCGCUCGACUGGAAUAUUCUCCUUCGCGAAUCUGGAACAUAAAUGUAUAACGAACUUUCUUGGACCGGAAGGAACUUUCGUGAAACUGGAACUUGAUCGUGAACUUAGGCUUCAACUAUUCAGGACGACAACACUGUCUCACGCUCUUUCGGAUCGCCAUCCAAUUGUACUUAAAACAAACGCUUGAAACAAUUUUCUAUUUAAGUCCGUGUGUCUUUGACUCGUACCACCGUUAUUAUUCCAUUCUCUGCUUCUAAGGGAAAGUUUGAACUACAGAACAGAAGAAAUUUCUACGCUAAUUACCAUGCGUUUCAUUCGAUAGACAUCGUACAUUUCGCUUAUUCGUUUUAACCUCGCCCCGUUUAAACAACGAGUCGACGUUCCAGUUGACAGCCAAAGCUACACGUACGCGAUCGAACGUUCGUCGAAAGAUCCUUCGAUUUUCUGGCAUCGAACUAUUAGAAGACCCUUUCAUUCGUGGAGAAUAAACUGCGUAUCUGCGUAAGAGAUGUACUUCUCGAUCGACGUAGAAUCGUAGCUAUAUAUAGUAUAUUUUAAUGGAGCGAAUUUUAUUUUCCAAACGAAGCGUGAAUAUGUAAACGCGUGACAUAGUUCGGCGAACCGUACAAGUCGUAGGUCUUGGAUCGUUAAAAUUUAAGGAUUAAUCUGUAACGUCUCGUCGAUGCGGAUACGUAUAUCAUUGCCAACGUCGAAAUUCCUGCGAUAAAGAUUACCGUUCGAAGCUGCUGUAUCGCUGAUCAAAGAGUGUCUCGACAGUCUGUGAGCUUGCCUGGCUGCUAAAUUUUUGCUUUCUAAACUCACUAUUUCACUGCAACGACCACAAGAAAAAAAAAAAAAAAAAGAAGAGAAAGAAGGGAAAAGGCAAGGAAAUACCUCGGUGUGUAAAGAAUUUUACGAUAAAGCUAGAAAUUUCGGUUGUCGUGCAAUGUUGUACCCGUCGUGAAAAUCGAUCGGCAAGACACGAUACCUAUACACGAUUCUGGCCGCCCGGCCAGCUGUUAACCGACUAGAAGCAAAAACUUAUCAACGUAUUGAAACGUAUUUUACGAUUUACGUGUACUCGUACUUUAACCACGAUCGUUUCACCGCCAACUCGAUAGCGAUCGAAGCUCGAGCAGACUUUUCCGUUGUUAUUCAGAACCGUGUACACUUCGGAAUAGCUGGCGGUCGUUUUUAUCCCACUGGGACAUAGGUGGACAUUAAAGGUGUAGGGUAUUCGGUAUCUCGAUGCAAAAUUAUUGGUUCCGUGUAGAUACGGAAUAUCGUGAACGAUGAUAGACCGCGGUGAGACAGAGCCACAGGCAACGAAAAACGAUCGUAAGCUAACGAUAUUCGAAUAGCUCUCGAUUUCUUUUCGGACACGUUCGUUCGUCCGCUGUUUUUCAGAAUCAAACUCGCGUAUAAAAGAAUAUCUGCCAUAUUAUAUCUUCAGAUUGUAAAUAACAUUACCUAUAUCGUUUACAGCUCGUAAAGAUUUCCUUUGGUCGUAACAGUUGUAUAUGCAUUUUUCGCGCGGUCGGAAUACAGUGUAUCUUCGUCAAGUACAGAGUAUCACUCGGAUAACUAAGUUUACUGGUAUUUCCUCGUCUAGAGUUUGUCGCUGCCUCGCCUCGCCGUUUGCUAAUUACGCGACUGCAAUUACGUGACUACAAUACGAUAAAAACAGCUUAUCGGUAUUCGAUCGAACGUUGUCAGAGACGUCGUUCUAAUUUCUAAAGUCAAACUUUCGACGAGAAAAACCACGAUCCAUAGCUCGGCUCGUUAUCGAAAGUAACCGACGUUCCGUGACUGAGAGACGUCUUAAAUUCGUCCCUCGAUACCAUCAAAAUCCUGUUUCUCAAACAGCACGAACGAUAUCUCUCUUUCGAUCGGCCAACCAACAACGUUAAGCAUUCUCGUUGGUGACACGAUACUCGAGACAUUCUUUAUCCAGUUCGAGUCUACACAAACUUUUUCCUAUUCGGUAUAUAAAACGGAAUAGAAAUGCCAACUUUGAAAUAAUAAUCGAUAACUAUAUAUAUAUAAUGCUCUCUAAAGUAAACGAGCAAAUUUUUAGUCGACGCUCCUAUGCUAAAGUUAAUAAUUCGUGUCAACAAUUUCAGUUGCUGGCGUUAAAAGACACACUUCGUCUCUCGCGAAAGUACAGAGAGGCAAAUUUAAUGAUACGAUAAGAUACGUGCGAUGAACGAAUUUUACUUUAUGAAACGCAAAGACGCUAUACUGACAUUUACAACCGAUAGACGGGCUCGUUGAGAGUGAAAUCACUCAAGAUCUCGCUAUAAUAACAUCGGUAGCGUGACAGAACAUAGAAAUCGUACAAAAUAUAUAUAUUUAGCCGGUUUAGCUGGUCCAGUUGAUUGCACGUCGUACGCGGUCUUGCGCACGUGCAUCGCGCCGCAACUCGGCGGAGCUCGCUUGGAAAAGAUGAGAAGCCCGCGCGACGAGAUUAUUUUUCCGGCCGAGUGUACCCUGUGGAAUUCCACGGUCACCCCGGUCGAGAAAGGUGACUGCACCUUGAAUCGGCUCUCGCGCGCGGAUCCCAACCGCGGAGAAGCUAAAUUCCAGUUCAGGCCUUUGAACGAGCUUCGAUUCCGGAAUAGGUUUCGAGCAGCCAUUCGCCAGCUAUUGUUUUCGAAGAAGAACGAGAAAGUCCUGUGCGUGUUUCCCAAUCGCUCUCUUUCACGCGGGAAAACGCGCGUGCAAAUUCCCUAUUUAAGAUUUUUUUACUUCAAACGGACAUUUUCAAAGAACUUUACUUCUUCGGGCGUGUCGCUUUAAAUUGACGAUAUUUAAUAAUUUCGUUUGCUCGAAGAAUUAGGAAUCGUCGAGCGAUUAUACAGCGAUAGGCGCGCGGUACGAUCAGUUGCGUCGAUGCUGGUAAAUGCAAAGAGCAAUUCAAACAGUUCACCAUUCAACGCUUCAUUCAGAAUCGAACAAACUUUGUCCGACGAAAUAUGUCAGUAUAGUAUCUGUGUUGGCAACAAGUAGCUUUUAAAAAUUCAGUAUCUAUCCGGUACAUGUCAGUCCGACCCAUCCGUUUCGAUCGCACUAUCGUGUUUGGGAAACUUUUCAUUCAUAAACGUCAGUGAAAAACAUUUAUUAACUCGAAAAUGGAUUAACACGCGUGUACGUAGUAUUUUACAUUUUGUUUGUUGGGAACGUUAAAUCGAUGACGGUUAGAGGCUUCCCAAUUCUAUACACGAGAGAGAAAAAAUUGUGCACCGAUAUGCGUACCUGAUACGUUUGAUGUUUCGUUUAAUCCCGACCGGUAUCCAUUCGCUUUAACUUGCGACAAAAUGGUAAAAAUAAUUAAGCAAUCCAAAAAGUUGUCCCGUAGAUUUCGUUAAACUAAUUAUCUAAAAUUACAAACGUUUCGUUUCAUACAACCGAGAACGAUUGAAUUAAACACAUGGAUUAAAUUAUCAGGCGAUAAUUCUAUAUUCUCGAAUAGUCGAGAUUAAGUGACGGAUCUAUUAAAUUUUGUAUUUCGUAAAACGAACAUAUAUAUCAUAUGCUUCGUUCUCUUGCGUGAUCCUUUAAAUUAUAUAUUUAAAUAUGAUACUAGAAAUCGCGUGCCAUUGCAAUUUACCCCAACAAUUUGAAACAUACGUACGUAGAUUACGAGUCUUUCGUUCUAUUCUAUAUUUUUUUGCCUACUAAUCUAUUUAUUCUAAUUAAAACUUGUUAUCUCGUACUAAAUUGGUAUUUUUAUGUCGCAAUGUAUGUUUCUUUUAACGUAACCGUUUAAAUCUCCAAAGUGAUUAAUAAAAUGUCGACUAUUUCUUCAAAAAUAUGUUCGAUCGAUGUCUCGAGAAGCGUUACGAUCAAUUGUUCGCUGUUAUAGAUCAGCAAUUAAAUACCAAUUACGAACGGACGAUAGAAAUAUAAAAGGAAAAGAUAUGCGUAUAUAAAACCUCGAUGUAGCGUGUCAAGACGUGUUUUCAACAAGUGGUUGAGAGAUCAUCGAAAACGGAAUGAGUAAUCAAAGUUGCGGCAUAUUUUACGAAGCAACCUAAUAUCUGUAAUAAAAUAUUCAUAAGCAUCUAUUAUGCGGACACGCGUACUUUAAGAAACUCCUUUUUUUUUUUUUUUUUUUGUAGAAACGUUCGUAUUUCAAUUUUCGUACUUAAUCUGGAAUCCGUGCCAAUCGAGUACAGAUCGCCUUUACACGUGCACACGUGCACACACAAAAGUAGACAUAAAAUUUAUCUCGAGGCAAAAGCCUUUGAUAUUUAAGAUUUUACAAAAUGUUCAUAUCCUAGCAGGAAGCAACGAGGAAGAUAAAUAAAGUUUACGUGAAAAGGCUGCAAGUUACAUCGUUUCGCUCCGUUCGCUUUCAAUUUUGUAUCGUCACAUGUACUGCCACUUAACCGAAAUAUCCGACACCCUCUGUGUUCAUAAGAAUCAUCGUUUCGCGGCAUUUUAGAAAUGAUUUUAACGCGAAAUCGAAUCGCCAUUGUCACUCGAACGUAAACGGAAUCUCGAGUGUCGACUGUUUCUCGUUAUUCAUUGUCGAUUCUCGUCUGAGAAAUCAAGAGACUAAAUACGAAAAACAGGAAAUCGAAGGUGAUUCGCGUUCGAACUGUCAAACGGAUCGUCAUACGCGUUAGAUCCAUAUAAAAGCGAUCGGCCCGUGAGUAACGAUGCAUCUAGUUCCGUAAGUUGGACGCUUUCCAAAAUACUCGCACAAAUCUUAUCGCGCGUAGCUUUUCAGUGGCUGAAGUUCGCUAACACCGGUAAAAGAGUAUCGUAUCGAGAAAUCGACAUGAACGCGUUCACUGUUGAUCAAUUUCCAUUGUCGAUGCCACUGUUCGCCAAAUUAUAAUCUUACGUCAUAAAAUUAUAUCUUCCUUUCGUGCAAAAUUUUGCAUACGCAUUGUGAAGAACUCUAUGCCGAUUUGAAUCCGAGACAUGAUCUGUGAGCGUGUUGACCCGUUAUUUUUUUUUACCUGAUUCGUAAUCAUUUUCCCUUUAUACCUAAUAUCGGAUAUGUAUGUCUACAUCACGUUGGCAGAAUAAUAUUUAUCUCGAACGUUCUUCUCUAUACGUUGAGCGCAUUAUUGUCAAACGUUUAUCAACGUACUGAAAUUCGUUUGAGCGCGAUAUGUCGUGCGAAACGUAUAGAAUCGCGAACGUGAAUCUUAUCGAUCGUCUCCGUUAUCGAAAAUGUAGUAAAAAUUCGCUGAUAAAUUCGUGAAAUUUCUUCGCAGAGAUCGCGUAACAGGCGUGGAAGAAAUGACGAAACGUGUUCGCAAAACGUCCCUAACGCCCCUGUUCUGUAUGAGGGAGAAACUGCUGAUAUCCUAUCCAAUGUAUUCCGACGAGAUGGUCGGGAUCGAAUUCAAGUAACUCAAAAAUUAAUGUAGUGGUAAGUCAGCAUUAAGUAUAUCAGAUCUUAUUUUUUAAGCAGCGCAAGAGUUUGCGGGCGCAAAGGUGUGACGCCGUGAGAGCGAGAAUGUAAGAAAACACAGGGAACCGAUGUCUGAAUUUCAUUCCUCGACAUUGUUCACCCGUGUUUUCCACGAUCGAAUCUGCGAAUGCAUUGAAAGAACCCUAAGUAGAAUGUCCGAUUGUAAUUAAAUAUAUUGUAAAUGUCGGGUCAAAUGUCGUAGAUAGACGGGGAAAUAUGUAGAAAAACAGAGUAUUACUCUAUCAUGAUAAAAAAAAAAGACAAAAAAAUGGGCGAAGAAAAUUGUAUAUUUUAGGAUAUGGCUGUCGUGUUAAGCAGAAAGAAGAAAUAAUUACGUAAACGAAUUGUGUCGUAUCGUAUCGUGUUGCUAGUCAAUCGACACGUGUUGAAAAAUAAAGACGAAGGAACGACGAUUCGGCGAGAGUGGUGUAAAGAGCAAGAUCGAGUAAGUUAAUCAUCUCACAAAUAUUAAAUUAUUGUACAAAAUUUAAUGCCGAUAGUAUGUAAGGCCUAUCGUUUUACUUGUACGAGAUCCAUUUAUGUUUAUAACGUACGACCUAUACUACGAUACUAUCGCGCUAAGUUGAAUGGCGCGUAAACUCGUAUCUAUGCACACGAUUUAUUCACGUUCCUUUCGCGUACGAGAGACAAGCUGGAGUUCCGACUGGUUCCCAAGUUUCUUCAACUAUCGUACGCAUUAUGAUUCCGAUUCAACAAACGCAGAUUAUAUAAUAUUUGAAACAGAAUAUACCUUCAACUAUGAUUUGAUGAUAAUUUAUCCAUAUUUUAUAUCUAACAUGUCGUUGAAACAGCGAACGGCUAAAGUUGACUUUGGUAGCUUUUAAAAAAUCGUGAGACAGGAUUAUAUCAAUGUAUUUUAUACCGACCAUUUUUUCCAAAAUCACGAUCAAUGACAAUAUUCCUACCAAAUACCAAAUUCUUUUUCCUUUCUUCUCUCUCUCUUUUCUUCUUUUUUUUUUUUUUAAUACGUAAAUAGAUAAAUUUUGACUAUAUUUAGCAAGAUUUCUUCAAGUAUAAUCUUCGUAUAAACAUUCGUAGAUACUUUUUAUACACGAAAAUGGUAUUAUCAUUGAAACCGCAAUCGAUAGAAUUAAAGAAAGAUAUAACAGACUGGAACAAGUAAGAACUCUCGCUCGUUUAUCUAUGCAGUAGCGGCUGACUUCGAUGUCCAUCCCAAUUCUUCGACCACGUGCACUCUGAAUCGUUUCCAAUUUCAAACAGAAAAGACUAAAGGACUCGCGAGGCUUCACGAAACUGUCAACAUGGGAAGGAAGGAGCGAGGAAACGCGUUAGAGGAGCAGCCGGCAAACGAAAUCUAACAUGCACGCGGACACACUGUACAUUCGUGUAAAGCAUAGCGGAGCCUUAUUGAGAAAGCAAUAUGCAUCCUUUAAAAAAAAAAAAAAACUGCUUAAAGUAUUUUCAAGCUGCUAAUUCUACUCGAAUAAUUAAUUCCUAUGCUAAGUAAUAUCGAGGCAGUCUGGAUUCUCGAAAAAUGGAGAUCGUCUUCUGCGGCUUCGUCAUCGCGAAACUCACUGAAGAAGAUCACCUUUUUGGAGGACCACUGAUGUAACCCACGGAUAGCGCUUCAAACUUUACACGUACAUUCUCUUCUUCACAACUAACUGGUCGUUUCGAUCGUUCACACUGCCACCUAAUUUUUUCACUAUCCGUGUAUUUACUUUUACAAAAAAUUACCAAAUUUAAUAUUUCUUUUCGAACGUACCAAACGAAAAUUAUAUCGUAUCGCGCAAUAUAAUAUUUGCAUACAUAUACAUAUUUUUCGCUACCGUGGGCGCCAGUCAGAGCCCUCUCCACCCCGUAUGUAAAUACACUACCGAAAAUAGUACGUAUAAAAAUUAUUCAUCGCCUAUACGAUACAAUUUUCUCCUACUUAUUGAAUCUUUAUUAAAGUAUAUAAUAAAAACGUGAGUGCAGCCCCGGUUCCACCAGCUUCCUCUUCGCCGCUUUUGCCGCGGCUCAACACCGUCGAACAUGUAAAUAUGUGUCGUGAAAAGACAAAAUAGAGAGGAGGCCGAGGGAAACACGGCGGUGCUCGAGAAAAAUAGUAGCGGCGCUCCGUAUUUUGGCGUAAAAAUUAAGCGAACGUGUAAACUCGUAAAACCAAACGGGGAGAAAGUGGUUUUAGCGAGUCCCUGGGCCAUAACAUAGGUCACUAAAUAUAAUAAUAUUAUAGGGAUAUCUCAGCGUUAUUUUGUACAUAAACAACUUUAUCAACGGAUAUUAAGAAGUCAUCAAUAAAUCUACAUAUAAAAAGACAA